AUGCCCCGCGUCCGCUCCCUCCUCCGCCUCCUGGCGGCCCUGGCGGCCUGUGGCGCCGUCGCCUUCCUGGGAUACUGUGUUUACUUCGACUGGAAGCGGCGUGGUGACCCCGCGUUCAAGCGCCGCCUACGGGACAAAAGAAGAGCCCAGCAGCAAAAGACCGAGGGUCAGGGCGCCCAGUUGUGGGAUCCAGCAACAAAUGAAAAAUUGCAAGAACUUUUUCUGCAAGAGGUACUAAUGGGAGAACUUUGGUUAUCUAGAGGAGAGCAUAGAAUGGGGGUCGAACAUCUCAGCAGUGCCCUUUUAUUGUGCAGGCAACCAAGGGAACUUCUGAAGGUUUUUAAGCACACACUGCCUCCCAAGGUAUUUGAGAUGCUGUUACACAAAAUUCCCCUUAUUUGCCAGCAACUUGAGGCAGACAUGAAUGAACAGGAAUACUUGGAGGAUGAUCCUGAUUGA